CGCGCUUCAUACUCUCCUCCGUACCGAUCCCCUUACGGACCUCAGUGAGUACCCGUUCGAUGUUCCGCCAUGUCUUUCAAUCGAAUACAGCAAACCCGUACUAGGUGGAAAGAGUGAAAAGAAAUUGAUCAAUGGGAAAUGCUUGAUUCGGUCAAGAAUUGACGUGGCGGUAUGAAUGGACAAGAUGGACUGACGUUGACAUCACCUACCAGAUACACCAUUGCUACCCACUGGCAUGGCAUAACCCUCCCCAAGCUCACCAAGGCCGGCACUAUUGCUGGCGGAUUCGGUGUUGCCGCCGGUCUCUUCGCCGUCUUCUUCUUUGGUGAAGUUCCUCGUGUCAGGAAAGAUAUCCUUCAGAGACUUCCUUUCUUCGACAAGUACUUGGACCGCACUGUUGCUCCUGAGGACAACCCGUUCUAAGCGCGUGCGCCCUUUUUAGACGGGAAUCAUACCACCACCUGGUGGUGACAAAGCUUGUGAGCAGAUCGCGAAAGGAACAAAUCUGAAACUACAAGAUGGCUCCGCUUGUGUAGAAUAUAAAACAACCUUGAUAGCAUAUAGACAUCAAUCCGUCGAUUUCCUUUGUGUGCGAGCG